AUGUUAAAGGAAAGCACUGUAAGAGCUUUCAAGCAGGCUUAUGAGAAGAGUCUACGCGAGGAGAACAAAAAAGGUAACACAGACGCGACUGUCAUUGCUAUCCCGAGUUACACCCGUGGGCAGCCACCAAUAUUCCGUGAACUGGACAGUAAAUUAAUCUCUCUUCUCAAGAGCAUUAGAAGCAGAGGUGGAGUAGUUAAUUUCUGUGUCGUGAAGGCAAAGCUCUGGCACUUGUUCAUAGUAAUAAGACGCCAUAUUUAAGACAAUUUAAGCCUACAGUGACUUGGGUGAAGUCCAGUUAUAGGCGCUGCAAUUUUACUCGCCGAGUUGGAACAACCACUCGUCCUCCAUUUCCCAGAGGGAUGUUUGAAGAAUGUAAACUUACAUUUCUCACUGACAUUAACAAGAUGAUUACAGGGAACAAAAUUCCUCUUGAGUUGGUGUUAAAAGCGGAUCAAUUCCUUGCUCGUACGUUUCCGUCGGGAGAAUGACGAUGGCUGCAAGAGACGCAUCCUCAGUUCCAAUUAAAGGUCUGACUGAUACGAGAAACAUCACUCUAACCUUUGUUGUCACUUUAUCAGGAGAAUUCUUACCCAUGCAAGUCAUAUACCAAGGGAAAACAACAGCUAGCCAACCAAGAGGUUUUAAUUUCCCCAGAGGAUUCGCAAUUUACAAGAGUCCGAAACAUUACUGUAAUGAAGAUGAAACUCUAACCUUGAUAGAUAAAGUAAUUGUCCCCUAUGUCGAGAGGAAAAGAGAGGAGCUCAAACUGGCGCCAACUUAAAAAGCUCUGCUGAUCUGGGAUGUGUUUAGAGGCCAAAACACUGUAAAGGUUUUGAAGAAAUUGGCAUCGCUAAAUAUUGCGAUUGUGUCGGUGUUCGCCAACAUGACCCACUUCUUUCAGCCUCUGGAAAUCACCAUCAAUAGGGAGGCCAAGAGAUUUAUGAAGGACAAGUUUACGACAUGGUACUCGGACGAAGUAAAGCAGCAGAUAGAAUCGGGAGGCGACAGCACUGAUAUUAAUGUGGAUCCGACACUAACAGUCCUACAACCACUUCAUGCCGUCUCAUUGAUGGACAUUUACAACCACCUGAGUAGUCCUGCUGGUGUGCGAGACAUCGCGAAAGGAUGGGAGAAGGCCGGGAUCUCUGGCCUCUAA